AUGACAGACUAUGAUCUAGAGGUGCUUGUGGAUUGGACGAAGACUGGAGGUUACACGCACGUGGAUUACAAUGGGACAAUAUUUGAGUGGAAUGACGAAGUAAGGAUUCAGAUGCCCAUGGAAAAAUCAGAGGUAAUUUUGAGAUCACGUGAAUUGUCCGGUUCCAGUGCAUAUGCUGUCCAACAGGUUGCUGGUGGAGGCCUCGGAAGCAACUGUGGCGCUAACAUUUGUGGCACAACCAGUAGUGGCCUGAACUUCCCGGUGUCGACCGCCGCGACUUCGGCUGUGAGCAAACCAACCGUGACUUCCAGUCUGAUUUUAGCUACAACACCAAGCACAACUGUUUCAGUGACUCAGCAGCGAGUGACGAGCAAUGUGUCAUGCAAUCCUGUUCAGCAUUCGGAUACACAGGCCGUGACAACUCCAUCAGUGGAAGAACCUCAUCCUAAUCCGGUAUCUAUCCUGGCCGGAACGUUCACCUCUCCCGGGGAAGUAGGUUCACAUCCUGGCCCUAGCGGAUCAACAACGACAACAACAACACCGUCUACGCAGGCCACAUCAACUGCAACAUUCAGUUCUACCAGUACACCGAUUUAUCAAGUGAUUUCUCUUAUGCUGGAUGCAGAUGCCGGACUACCGUUCAUAGCCACAAGUACAUCGGUCUUUCCGGAACGUACAUUCUUCGCGUUUGACGCGGUCACAUGGACUAUGCGAAUGUUGUGUGAUGUGGAUUCCGUGUGUCAGGCUGUGGAUUAUUUACAG